AUGGAGCACCGCCAACACAGUCAGUCGCCUUCGCAGAAGACAGCCUGGCCUCGGUGGGAGCGCAAGGGCAAGGAGAAAAGCACCAUCGCCCGCGCAUGCACAUGGGUUGUGGACCACCAGAUCAGCAUAUCUGUCAAUCUCAUAUCUAUGCUCUUCUUUAUACACUUCCUCUUCCCUUCCACGAGACACCACACCCAGAAAUUCUUUCGAAUCUCCUAUUACAACCCGGCGACCGGCAACUUCGCCCUGGGCUGGGACGACAUCUUCUUUGUCUUUUACUGGAUCAUCGUCUUCACCGGCCUGCGCUGUGCUACCAUGGAUUAUGUCCUCGGUCCCUUGGCCGCUUCUUGCGGCAUUCGGAAACGGAAGCCAAAAGUGCGAUUUGCGGAACAGGCCUGGAUCCUCUGCUACUACACUGUCUCCUGGUGUACGGGCAUGUACAUCAUGUACAACUCCGACUAUUGGCUCAAUCUUCGGGCUCUGUGGCGGACGUGGCCAGACCGCGAAAUGGAGGGUCUGGCGAAAUGGUACUAUCUGGUCCAAUUCGGUUUCUGGCUGCAACAAAUAGUUGUGGUGAACAUUGAGGAGCGCCGGAAGGAUCACUGGCAGAUGUUCACACACCAUAUUGUGACCUGUGCACUCAUAUUCACAUCCUACGGCUAUCACCAAUACCGUGUCGGGACGUUAAUCCUCAGUCUGAUGGACUUUGCCGACAUCAUCCUCCCGUUGGCCAAGAUCCUCAAGUACCUCCAUUUCGAGCUUGCAUGCGACAUUGCAUUUGGUGUUUUCAUGGUCUCCUGGCUAAUUGCCCGGCACGUUCUAUACAUGACUGUCUGGUACAGCAUCUAUGCUCACAUCCCAGAGGAAAUCGAGUACGGAUGUUAUAAGGGCAGCGUACGGGAUCUUGAAGGUCCAUUUCCCACACCCAACGACUGGGAUCAUCUUAUCCAGCCGUUCAAGAACCCUGUUGGACUUGUCUGCUGGAAUAACAGCAUCAAAUGGACGUUCUUAAACAUGCUCCUUGCUCUCCAAGUGAUGUUGCUCAUCUGGUUCGGCAUGAUCGUCCGGGUUGCCUAUAAAGUGAUUACCGGCAACGGGGCAGAGGACGUGCGCUCGGACGAUGAAGAUGACGAAGACGACGAGGAAGAUAUAUCGGAUGAGAAGUCGUCGAGAGGCUAUGUCGACAACGUGAAACUCUGCGUGGAUCCCCAGGAAAAGUACCUGGAAACGGAAAUCCUGAGCACGGAUCCCAACUUUUCUCUCUCGAAGUCUUCCAAACCACGGGCUAAAUCGAGAUCCAAGUCCAAGUCCACGUCGCCUUCGUCCUCGGUGGGAGACAGACGAUCAACACCAGAGUCGUCAACUGCGGGCUCCAGCAGUGGCGGGAGGAGAAAACAGAAGCAUGAAUCUGCACACUCCUCCGGCGUCAAUCUGCUUGGAGGAAGCAGUGAUCGCAAGGAACUGCUUGGCCGUAUUGGUUGCGACAAGGGCUCUACGUCGGAUUGA